AGAAGAUUGAAAAGCACAAUAACAGGAGUAUUGAGUAAGAACAAUGACAGAAGAUUGAAAAGCACAAUAACAGGAGUCUUGAGUAAGAAAAAUGACAGAAGAUUGAAAAGCACAAUAACAGGAGUCUUGAGUAAGAAAUAUCACAGAAGAUUGAAAAACACAAUAACAGGAGUAUUGAGUAAGAAAUAUCACAGAAGAUUGAAAAGCACAAUAACAGGAGUCUUGAGUAAGAAAAAUCACAGAAGAUUGAAAAACACAAUAACAGGAGUAUUGAGUAAGAAAAAUCACAGAAGAUUGAAAAGCACAAUAACAGGAGUCUUGAGUAAGAAAAAUCACAGAAGAUUGAAAAGCACAAUAACAGGAAAGAUUGAAAAACACAAUAACAGGAGUAUUGAGCAAGAAAUAUCACAGAAGAUUGAAAAGCACAAUAACAGGAGUCUUGAGUAA